AGGAAAGCAGUAGGGAUUUUGCUCCUGCUGUGUUAGUUGCAAGUCACAUACGCUGCUAUUUUCAGCACAAUAUAUUUUCUGUGUGUGUGUGUGUGUGUGUGUGUGCGUGCAGACGCUAGCCAAGGAGGACAUGGCAUUGGCUCGCUCUCUCAGUGCGCUUACUCCAUAACCUGGAGUGUGUGUGUGCAUGCGUGCACGCUUGUGUGUGUGUGUGUGUGUGUGUGUGUGUGUGUGUGUGUACCUGCUGGAGACUGCCGGAGAGGAUGCAAGUGUGUGUGGGCAUGUGUGACCAGGAGACUCAGGUAAAGCAGGGACCUGUCCGGGGGUGUGGUUAAAUGACAUGAGAGGGAUUCUUACACACGCACACACCCUCACACACAUACGUACAGUAUGGCGAGUUUCGGUAAACUCACGGACUACUUCAACCGCCGGCGAUCUCGAGAUGAGAUCCGUGGAGGCAGAGAAUCUCGCAGGAGUGGGAGCUACUGUUUCACAGCAGCUGAGGCCAGGUCGCUGGAGCGGAAGCUGCAGAGGCCACUGUUGGCUAAGUCUCGCACAUUACCCAGCAUCCCUCAGUCCCCUACGGUUGCCCGUGUGAUUGGUGAAAGUCCGCCGCGCCGACGACUACCCUCCAGUCCUGGCCACUCCAAAGCCUGCACGCUGCCUUCUCCAGGUGAGCUAUGGCGUUUAGAGGACGAUGAUGAUGAUCGCGAUGAAGAGUUGCGACGCGUGUGUGUGGAGUCUCGCACGCGCUCCCAGUCGCCGUUUUCGCACUUCCGCUCACGUGCGGCCUACCUACGCAAGAGUGUGUCCGUUGAUGACCAGCUGGGCGGGGACGAUUUGGACCACACCCACACAGAGGGGCGGGGCCAGCGCACUGGGAAGAACAAACUGAAACGAAAGUUUAGUCUGGGCUCUGCAGACAGGAAGGAGUCCAAUCAGAGAAGGGUUGAGUGUGUGAGGAUGACUCAGGCUCCGGAGCCCUUGCCCGCUCAGCGGAAGCCCUCCAGCCUGUCGUCUCCUAGCGCCGCCCGCCGCCUCUACCGCAACCUGUCCGGAAAGUUCCGCGUGGGAACGGCCGGGCUGGAGGAGAGCGUGCCGUCCAGCCGAGACAAGGAGCGUCUGCGCAAAUCCAGCGUGUUCCAGGGUGCGGAGGCCCUGUUCGAGGCGGUGGAGCACCAGGAGCUGGACGUGGUGCAGAGCCUGCUGUCUCAGUUCAGCCCCGAGGAGCUGGACCUGAACACGCCCAACAGCGAGGGCCUGCUGCCCCUUGACAUCGCCAUCAUGACCAACAACGUGCCCAUGGCCAAGCUGUUGCUACGCGCCGGCGCCAAGGAGAGCCCGCACUUUGUGAGUCUGGAAGGUCGAGCCAUGCACCUGGCCACCCUGGUCCGGGAGGCGGAGCAACGUGUGGCCGAGCUGGUCUCCAGGGUAACGGGAGAGGGACAAGGCGAGAGGGAGGAGCUUAAAUCAUGGGAGUGGCGACUCCGUCUCUACCGACGGAUGGAGACAGGAUUCCAGCAUUCCAGCCCUCCUGAGGCUCCCACUGGGGUGUGCUUGUCUGUGAGUGGCAGCAGUAGCCUCAGGGUCCACUUCCAAGAGCCACUCUGUGUCAACUCAGCUACUGUCACCAAGUACAAAGUGGAAUGGAGUUUCUCCCACUCCUUCAGUCCUGUCCUUGGUGAAAUAGUGGUAGAAGACACCACUCAUCUUCAGUGCGACAUCAGCGGUCUGACAGCAGGUGGCUAUUACUAUGUGCAGGUAUCUGCAUACAACAUGAAGGGUUGGGGUUCUGCCCAGACAUCUGUACCCGCAUGUGCUACCCCCUCAAGCUGGAGAGACAUCGACGGACGUGCGCCACGUCUGAAGGGGCAGAAGGAGGCGCUGGAGCAGCUCUACGUGCAGAUCAAAGACUCACACCGCCAGUAUCAGUGUAAGUCGGCGCCUCACAUCCGCAAGCAUUCCGUGUCCAAAAGUCUGCGGCAUCUCUUCCAGCCCAGUAGCAAGUUCAUCAAGAACCUCAAAAGGGGACUGUACCUGACAUGCAUCCUCUAUAGGGAUGAUAAUGUGCUUGUUACCCCAGAGGAUCAGAUCCCCAUUGUGGAGGUGGAUGACUCAUAUAGCUCCUUAACUCAAGACUUCCUCUGGUUUACCAAGGUGUCGUAUCUGUGGGAGGAGAUACCCUGGCUGCAGCAGUGUGUGGUGUCCGCCCAGUCCUCCUGUUCCUGCACCCUGCAGACGCGCCUCAAAAUGCUGCAGGCCGUCGCUCACUUCCAGAACCUCUUGGGCACUCAUGACCUGGGCCAAGUGUACUUCGAGCCAAUCAAGGACAAGCACGGGAAUGCGCUGCUGGUGUUGCUACGAGACAUGGGUGCCGUCGGCGGGGUGGAGGGCAUGCGCUGGACCCCACUGUGCAAACUGCAGCUGCAGCGUAAAAGCCUGUCCUCACCCGAGGAACCCACUGCGCUCGACAUGCUGCUCAUUACAUUACACGAAAAACUGGCUUACCAUCGGCGGAGUAGGAAGGUCCUGCCUCCCGGUCUGUAUCUGGGCUAUCUGAAGCUCUUCAGUACAGUGGAGCAGAUCAGAGUUCUGGUGCCGCAGAAACUUCCCAACAUUCUCUGUUACGUCAAAAUCCGUGGCAACAGCAAUGUCUCAAGAGCAGAGUGGCAGUGGCUCCAAGCGGUCCGCUCCAUAGAGGAGGCGCAGGAGAUGGCCGCCGACGAGCAGAGCGCUCCACACCGCCUCCUGCAAGACCUGCGCUGCGCCGCCCGAGAGCUCCUCAGCCACAUGAACAUCUCCAAGAAACAGGCUCAGGAGUUCCGCAUCUACACUCACGAGGUGUGUGAGUUUGGGGAGGGGGUGUCCUUCCUGCUCCUGCUGCCCCCGUGUGAGGACGUGUGCUCGGCCCCGGGCCAGAACCAGCACUACUCGCCCCGGGCGGGCCUUCUCACGCUGCCCCUGCAGGUCUUUGAGCUCGUUCACUUUGAGGCGUACUGUUCCAGUUUCAUCAGGCCUUUCUGUCGAGUGUCCGCACUCUUGGGACUCGAGUCGCUCAUGUCCCAGCAGGCUUUGCGGGAAGCCUUCUCAGAAUCGGAGCUGCUCACCGCCAAACACAAACACCAACAAAUCCAGGAGCACAUGCAGCAAAUGGAAGAGCUUUGGCGCGAGUCUCGCUGGAUCAUGGACGCGCUGCAGAACGCCCGCUACAAGCAGCCCACCGGCGGCAUCCUCCUGUCCUGGCUCAUGGACUUCUCCCAGGAGACGCUGCCCGAGACGCCACGCUCCACGUCAUCCGCUCCGGAGUACCUGCCCUCCCCACCGGCCUCUCCCGACAGCCACCGCAAACACUCAGAUCUCCCCGGCCUGUCUGAUGAGGAGGGUUCAUCCGAGGUCUUCCUCACCACAGACAGCGACUACGACUCCAGUCGCGCUCAGAGCCCGCGGGAGCUGGACCUCCUCCCCCCGUCGCCGGGCGUGAGCGGCCGCAGCGGAGGAGUGGCCGGCGGGUCGCGUCCCGACGUGGUGCAGCUGGGUGGGGGUCCUCUCACGGGGCGAGGCGGCGGCGGUGGUGGCGUGUGCCCCGAGGCCUUCGACAGCGACUUCAUCCUGCCCAGCCGUCAGAUCGAGCUGCUGCGCAUCACGGAGAAGCGCCAGGCCCUCUGCGUCCGCACCAGCAGCCUCGAGUGCCCGCCCACCUCCUCCUGCACCGCCACCGCCGCCGGCACGGGCGCCACCUCGCCGGGCUCCUCGCCGCACCGCCGCUGCCACGGCAACCACGCGCAGGCACGCCCGGCACGGCCAGCGCGCGCCCACUCGGAGGACAGUGGGGUGAGGCGGCUCUCGGCGCCCGCCUCCUCGGCCAACACCAGCUGGCACACCACGCUGCGCAUCUACCCACAGUACCCCACUGGCCUGCCCAAAGAGACCAGCGUCAAGCUCCGCGUCACCCCCAACACCUUGGCCCGUGAGAUCGUGCAGCUGGUGGUGCAGGAGAUGAACGCCGUGUCGCGGCAGCUGCUGGCCGGCGCCGAGCGCUGCGCCUACGAGCCGGAGGGCUGCGUGUGCGGCUGCGGGCCCGGCGCGUGCGUGUGCGGCCUGCCGUCGGCCGGCGUCUACGGCGCCGAGCACCUGGAGCACUUUGGGCUGGUGCUGGUGCUGGACGAGCGGGUCAAGUGGCUGCAGGACGACUUCUGCCCGCUCCAGCUGCAGAACCCCUGGAGCCGGGGCAAGCUGUGCGUCCGCAUCAAGGAGUACUCGCCACUGGCCAUGCAGCACAGCAGGGCUACUACUGUCUGACCCUCCACACACACACACACACACACACACACACACACAUACACACACACAUACCUGGAUGCACACGCAUUUCAGGUGCCUGUAAAGGUUUACACUCAUGCACACACUCCACUCCAGCAUGCAGGCCAGCAGGCAUGGACGGACUGGUUGACAUUGGCACACAUCCACACAAACACACACACACACAAACACAAACACACACACACACACACACACACACACACACACACACA